GCAGGUCGGCCGCCUCUCCAGACGCGCGCCUGGGCCAGAGUCGGAGCUGUCGAUCCCGCAGGGCGCGGCGCCGCGAGGCCUGUGCGCGACGGGGAACGCCUGGCCGAGGAGCAGAGCACCGACGCCGCCGCGACCCGUGGCCAGGCGCGCGGCGGAGCUUCGUGGCUUCGCAGAGGCGGUGAGCGGCCUGACGCGCGCGGGCCGCGCGGCGGAGGCGCUCGAGCUGUUCGAGCGGGCGCGGCGUUCUCACGUUGACCCCGACAGGGUGCUGUACAAUCCGAGAGCCAGACGACGGCACGAGCGUGACCUGUCGGGCGUCCGUGGGCGGCUUCUCCGCCAGCGCGGGGCGCCCUCCCCGCAUCCCCGGGGGCGGCACCUCCAGCGCCGCUGCAGGCGCGCUUCGCGCGCCAGCGACGGGCGUGGGGAGGGCGUCUGGGGUGCCGGCGGAGAAGCCGUUCGCGGGCCUCCGGGCGCUCAUGCUCAUGUCUUGCUCUGGCCCUCUGACAAUGCCGCCGUGAGCGCCUGCGAGAAGGCCAGCCGGUGGGACACGGCUCUGUCGCUGCUGAGGGAGAUGCACAUCCUCGGGGCGCUGCGGGACCGCUCCCUGGAUCCAGACGCCGCAACUUACAACGCGGCCGUUGGUGCGUGCGUGGACGGGCAGCAGCCUCUCAGGGCCGUGGACCUCUUCGAGGAGAUGCAGCAGCACGGCCUGCGCCCAGAUGCCAUCUCCUUCGCGUCGGCGGUCGAGGCCUGCCGGCAGACCCGCGAGUGGGCGGCCGCCCUGCGGCUCCUGGAGCGCCUGUGCCACGAGGGCGUCGCCGAGACCACCCGCAGGCUCUCGGAGCCCGGGAGGCGCCUGUGGGAUGUGGCGCUGGCGCUCUUCUGGCGCCUGCGGGCCUCCGGGGCCCACGCCGACGUCACCGCGUGCAACGCCGCCCUCUCGGCGUGCCAGCGGGGGCGGCGCCCCGCGGAGGCCCUGGCGCUCCUGCGGGAGCAGCUCCUCGCCGGCGAAGAGGGCUGCCGCAGCUUCAACGCGGCCAUCGCCUCCUGCUCCCAGGGCAGCGCCUGGCGCCAGGCGCUGCGCCUCUUCCGGGAGAUGCGCCGGCGCGAGGUCGCCCCCGACCUCGUGACGUUCAACAGCACGAUCCACGCUGCCGGCCGGGCUGCUGAGCGCGGCGAGGCGGGCGCCUCAGAGCUCGUGGCCGCUCUGAGGGGGUCGGGCCUGCAGCCAGACCGUGUGACCUUCAACGUGGCCAUCGGCGCGUGCGAGCGGGAGGACCGGUGGACGGACGCGCUCGCCCUGCUCACGGAGAUGGAGCAGCUGGAGCUCCGCCCCAACGUCGUGACCUGCAAUUCGGCGGUGGGUGCCUGCGGCGCGGGGUCGCGCUGGGACCUAGCUCUCUCGCUGGCGGGCUCACUGCCGCUGCGGGGCCUGCGCCCGACGGGCGCCACUUUCGCGGCCGCGGCCGUUGCCUGCGAGCGCGGGCGGCAGUGGCAGCGGGCCGUGGACGUGCUCGCGGAGAUGCCUUGGCAGAGGCUGAAGGCGAACGUCGAAAACUACAACUCAGUGAUCAGUGCUUGCGGGUCGGCGUCUGCCUGGGAGUACGGCACGGCCGUGCUCGCCGACAUGCAAGCACGCUGGGUCGUCCCCGAUCCGGUGACCUACCUGGCGGCGAUCUCGGCCUGCGCGACCGCGGGCUGCUGGGAGCAGGGACUCGCGCUGCUCGACGCGUGCCGUGCUCGCUGCGGUGCGACCCCCCUCGAGGCGUUCAACGCGGCGCUGAGCGCCCUGGAGAAGGGCGGGCAGUGGCAGCGCGCCCUGGCGCUGUUCCGAGGGAUGGGCCGCCCCGCGCGCGGGCGCCCGGCGGCCCCGGCCCCCGACCGCGUGUCGUACCUCGCCGUGCUGCUGGCGCUGUGUGAGGCGGGCCCCGCCGCGGCCGCGGCGUUGCACGCCGUGUACGACGAGGCCGCCGGCGGCGGCGGCGCCCUGGAGCUGCACGGCGACCGCCAGGCGGACGGCGCCCUGCUGCUGGACCUGCACGGCCUGCCGGGGGCCGUGGCGGCGCUCGCCGCCACGAGGGAGCUGGAGCGCGAGCUGUCGCGCAGGGCCUGGUCGGGCGGCGAGCGGGUGGCGGCCUUCAUCACGGGGCGGGGCCGGCGCAGCGAGGGCGGCGAGGCGGUGCUGCGCGGCAGGGUGCUGGCGGCCCUGCGCGGGCGCCCCGGCGCGGAGGCGCUCGUGGACGCCGCGAAUCCCGGCUGCGUGGUUGCCUGGGCGGCGGGGAACCAGGCGCUCUUGGCGCUGCGUAGUCAGCCUGUGGCGCCGCCGUGCCGUUCGGGAAAUGUGACCGACUUUCCG